UUGGGGGCCGGACACCCCCCCAGCCCGUGCCCCCCACUCAGGGAAGGGACCCCCCCCUCCCGCUCCCGGGGGCCGCGCUUGUUUAUGUGAAGAAUGUCCCCUUCCUUAAAAGGGCGAUGGCGGACGGGAUGGGGCGGUGCCUCCCCCCCGCCUCCGCGUUGGCCCGGCCUCUGGCUGCUUGAAGGAGGGGCCAGAGCUGUGGGGCCCACCGAAAGGCGGGGGCUCCCCCCUCCUCAAGGGGCGCAGCCGACCCGGGCUACCGGAGGAGGAGCAGGAGGCUCCCCUAGCUCAGGGUGCACCUGCCCGGGGUACCAGCCUCGGGGUGGGGAGAAGAUGCACAAGGGGUACGGGGUCAUCGGGAUGGUCCUCAGCGGGCGAAAGGCUGGGGGGCCUGGGGUCUGCGGGGUUGUACCAGUGGGAUUUGCUCUUCUCCAGCUGGGACCUGCCACUCAGAGGACCCCCAGCCCAGGGACACCUGCCUCCACCGCAACUCUUAGCACCCAAUACAGAGAACGGAGGAAGCACAGCCUCUUUCUUCCUUUUCCUCCGGCCGGGCCAGGAGACAGUGCUGGCUGCCUGACGCGGGAGCCGGCUGCCGUGCUGCGGAGGGGCAGCGAAACUGAGGCACGACCGCUGCCCGCCAUCAGAACCGGCGGAGGGGGUGGCAGGGUGCAGUGUCCCGGUUCCCAACAGCAGGUAGUCCCUGCCACCGCUCCCCGGGGGCACGUGGUGCCGGGAUGUUCCACAUGGAGCCGAGAGUGCGGGAACCGCAGGUGUAAAUCGGCUUUUGUACUGCCAGAGUCCCGCCGGCCCCGCAGCAUCCCAGUUCCCUGUGGCAGCACCUCCCAGUCCCGGACCCCCUUUCCCAGGGCGGUCAUCUGUGGGCAUGUGUCAUGUGCUGGAAGGGGGGACGGUUUCCCUCCCAGCCCUGUUUCCCAGGGGCUGCUCCGACCGUACUAUGCCGGCGCAGCCCCGGGGGGCAGAGCGGUAACCGGGGUCUGCCACCGCCCGCAUCGCUGCCUCGCCAGUGCCCCUGGUCCCUACCGGGCCAGAAAGGGUGAUCUCAGCUCCUAAGGUACCCAAACCGCAGGUGGGAGACGUGGAAAGAUUUCGAAUGAGCUCAGAUGGGAAAUUUCCAACCUGCUGCACCCUCGAAGCAGCGCUGACAGAGCGCACAGCAUCUCCUGCCACCGAGACGGCGAGGGAGGUGACCGGGACAGGUCCCCUCCAGGGCCGGACGCUGCCUGGGCAGGGUUGGGGGGCACGGCGGUGAGACUACCCCGGCAGAGCCCCGCAGGGCUUGCGGGGGGAGGGGGCUGGGGCUGAAGGAUGCUGCACUUGAGGGACUUGGGGAGGCAGGUUUCCUCUGAAGGAAUUGUGCCAUCCACAAGCUCCCGUCAAGAAUCACUUUACAGAAAGCGCCUGGAAACAGCCCCGCUUCCCCCGCGAAGGCAGGAGGGAAGGAAUUGCAAGGGGAAGUAUAUGUAUUGAUAAUACAGACUUAUUAAUUGCCGAGAUAAUUGGGGGAUUGCAGGAGAAAGAAGGAUAGAAAAAAGCGGCGGUUAUUGGUGCAGCCCCCCAGUACCUGUUGUCCCGCACCCCUGGCCUGUACAGGCAAUGCGGGAUGUGCCCUCGGGGGGCAAUGGGGGCCCCCCAGCCUCGAGCCGCUAGUCCAGGGUCUCUGCUCCAGGGGACACCCAGCAUGGGGGUUCAUGUGCCGGGGGUAGCUGCAGAGGGAUCCCCGGGCUGCCAGCUGGAUGGGGGGGGGGGUGACAGCAGGACUGAUCCUCCUCUCCAUUCUCUCUGAGUCGGGGCGGGGGAGUGUGAGAGAGCCCGGCGGCGUGUCGGGGACCCCCGUACGGUCACCAUGGAGCAAGGGGGGUGUCCUUCCCAGCUAAACCACAAACCACUCCCCGUCUCAGUCCCGGUCGCGGCUCGGCGGGGACCCCCACUCCUCCCCAGCGGCGCGGGUGCCGGGAGGAGGGAGGAGGAGGAGGAGGGAGAAGGAGGAGGCCCCCCCCCCCCCCCCCGCCGUCGUUGCCCUUUUAAGGGGUUCCUUGAAACCGCGCCCGGGAUCCAUGUUUGCAGCCCCAGCCCGGGCGGAGGAAACUCCAUGUUGUAACAAAGUUUCCUCCGCGGCGCCGCUCCCGCGCCCGCCGCCCCGC